AUGGUGUAUGCGUGCGGCGUGUGGGCGGUGGCGGUGUGCGUGCUGCUCGCCUGCUGCCUGCUCCCGCGCCUGACCUCCUCCUGGAGCGUGUCAGGCUCCCGGUACGUGUCGUGGCUGCCGAGCUUCUCGGUGGAGGUGACGCGGGUCAGGGACGCGCCGCCUCUUGACGACAUGGCCGACCAGGUGUUGGCAGUGUUCCCUCAGUACGGUCGUGAGGCCGUGAUGGCGGACCUGGCUCGCUCGCGCUCCGCGGACGUCACCGUACACAACAUACUGGAGGGCAGGCUGCCCCCGCCCCCGCCCCCUCCACCCGCACCCGCACACGCGCCGCCUCCCGCCAUAGUGGCGCCUAUACACACACACACCACGCACCUCGGACAACACAGCACGGAGGGGUUCUCAUCAGUGGCGGCGGAGAGAGAGGACACGCUGAGGAGACGCAAGGAGGCGCUGCUGGCGGCGGCUCGUAGGAGGUACCUGGAGCGACGCGCGGGGGGAGCGGGGGGAGGGGGAGGGGCGCGCGCCGCACACACCGCCAGCUGA